CGGCUCGUGCAUGGUCGCCGCUUGCAGCGCUGAGGUCGCACUUCCGCUUCCGGGCGGCGCGGGGAGGAGAGCGGAGGAAUGAGCUGGGCGCGGGGCGGCUGGCGGGCGCGGUGCGUCUUGCUCCUGCCCGGCCCCCGUAGGUGGCUGGCGGGACGGCGUGGCACCGAGGACGCAGUUAAAGAGGAUCCAGAGAGCGAGGGACCCAUCCCCUUCUCUUCCAGCAAGGCCAGCCCGCGGGUGUGGAGCGUCAGCCAGUCUAUGGGGAGUGAUUACCAGAGGCCGUGGGCGAAGGUGCUGCCCCUCAUCCUGCUGUGCAGUGGGCUGUUGCUGUGGUGUGCGUUUAGGGAAAAAACGGAGAUUGACGAGCAACUGGAAGCCCUGUUAUCUGGUCAGAUCGUGGACCCUUUAGACGCGGCACAACAAAGCGAUGCUCCUUCACAGAUACAGAAGGAGAGAUGAUGAGCGCACCUGUGGUGAAGGAGCUGCCAAAAGUUCAGCUGCUUAAAGGCUGCUCCCGCACCUGAUUUGGAAAAUGUUUUUCUGUCCUACCACCAGCCUUAUCUUGCAAACAGGAUUUAUUUAUCUUGCUGCUUUUUGUUUGUCUUCACUUAGCAACUUACAGCAAUAGCAGAAUGAAUAGUCCUUUUCUGCAUUGCAUGGCAGGGAUGGACAGGAUGUAUUGCAAACUAGCAUGUAUUUGUAGAUAUGUUGUGUUCAACUCGGUUUUUUCCAUGGAUUUUUUUUUUUUUCUCUUGGUUGCACAGCAUAUUAAAAUAUCAAAGCUGUAUGUCUGUAAUUUGGUUGCUGAAGGUGACCUUCAGCUGGCACUCUGCUAGCACGGAGUGCAUGGAGUGCAUUCACAUCAUGUUGAGGAUACCUGUAUUAAUGUAUGAUGGAUUAAUAUUCAGAUUACUUUGUAAUUCUACGAAACAAUGCAGGAUUUACUUAAUGCACAGUUAGUGCUGGUUUUCUGCAGCAUAACGUGUUUGACAUGCCUAACUAAAGUGGUCAGUGCUUAGGUGGGAAUUUUGUAGAAACUGUAAGUGAUUGAUCUGCGUCAGAGAGGGGAGGGAGCUCCUAAUUUCACAGCCAGCUUAGCAUCUAAUUUUUAUCUACAU